UAAUUUUUUUAUACAAUACGUGUUGUUCAAUUCAACGUUUAGGCAGCUGGUGUUUUACUUUUUCACAGAAAAGAUCUGUUGAAAGUUCACCAACUACACGAAGUUUUCUUUUGCGCUGAAUGCCAGGUUUUUAAAGGAGCCCUCAUCAGGUAUCCCAUCAAGGAGCAAUCAACAAUACAAUGCCUAUUCUGUAUGCAACUAUUGCCCGAGGCACGACAGUGUUGGCCAACUUUGCAGCGUGUCAUGGAAACUUCACGGAGGUUACAAACCAGAUUCUUCCCAAGGUUCCUCCAGAGAAUACUAAACUGACCUACUCGCACGACUCCUAUCUGUUUCACUACAUCUCUGAUGAAAGGAUUGUCUACUUGUGUAUAACGGAUGAUGAAUUUGAAAGAUCAAGAGCGUUUAUGUUCCUGGGAGAAAUUAAAAGAAAAUUUAAAACGACAUAUGGAUCUCAAGUAAAAACUGCUCUUCCUUUUGCAAUGAACAGCGAGUUCUCCAGAGUUCUAGCAACACAAAUGCGACACUUCUCUGAGGAAAUCGCUGUGGACAGACUCGGAACUAUUCAGAAUGAUCUGGAGGAUUUAAACCGCAUCAUGGUCAGAAACAUUGAAACGAUAUCAAAUAGAGGUGAAAAGUUAGAGCUGUUGAUAGACAAGACUGAAGAUCUUGAAACAACGUCUCUGACCUUCAGGAAAAGUAGUAAGACGCUCGCACGGUCAAUGUGCGUCAAGAACCUCAAAUUGACCGUCAUUCUUGUCAUUGUUUUUAUACUCAUCAUCUACUUCAUUGUUUCCGCAGUAUGUGGAGGAUUAGGCUGGCAAAACUGUGUCCAUAGGAAUCCAUAGGCAAAACUGAAUGUUGGGGAAAAAAGGGAUAUCAUCAUGAGAUUGCAAGAGCUUCUGUGUCUGCAAACUGGGACAGGAUUCAAGAUGGGGGUCAGUGGUUAAGUCUUGUCUCUUGUUGGGAGGAAUAAGACGUUAUUUAAUAAAAUACAACAUACCAUGAUAUGAUCAAAUAUAUUUGGUUUUGGGUAACACCAUGUAUGUAUCUACUUGCCAGGUAGAGUUUGUUCUUUAGUGAACUGUCUUUGUUUAUACUACUACCGCGGAGUACGUUUAUCGGAUUGAUCGGGAGACUUCUCAGCAGUUCUGAAAAGAACUGUCCUGCUUUUA